GUGAGUGUGAAUAUUGCAGUCUCCUCCUCUGCGCACUUCCACUGCACUCGGGUGCAGAUCUAGACACCCCUCCGACUGCGUGCCGCUCCGUCGCCCCCAGGUCGCCGCUAGGGGGGACCGAGUCUCCCCGUCGCCAUGAAGCGUUCCAGAGCCAUCCGCGUCUUCCGCAAGCCCAGCUUCUCCAAGAAGAAGGACAAGGAACUGAAGGUGAAGGAGAAGAUCAGGGAGGACAAGGAUUCUCAGGAGCCGCCGGCCACCGACGUGGUCAAGCAGUGGAAGGAGAAGAAGAAGCAGAAGAAGAAGCCCGGUGCCCAGCAGGAGGCGCCAUCCGUGGCGACUCCCACACCGGGGCCCGUCUUCGGAGUGCCGCUGGCCGAGGCGGUCAGAAGGACAGUGCUCUGCGACGGCAUCCAGCUGCCGGCCAUCUUCAGAGAAUGUGUGGACCAUAUUGAGAACCACGGCAUGUGCGAAGGCAUCUACCGCAUCUCAGGGGUGAAGUCAAAGGUCGAAGAGCUGAAGGCCGCAUAUGACCGGGGAGCACCCCCCCGCCUGGGGGAGCAGGACCCCCACACGGUGGCCAGCCUUCUGAAGCAGUAUCUCCGGGAGCUUCCAGAGCAUCUACUGGGACAGGACGUGGCCCCGUGCUUCGAGGAGGCGUGUGACCACAGCACCCAGGUCGAGACAGUGCACGAGUUCCGGAGGCUUCUGGACCUGGUGGCGCCACCUAGCCACCUGCUGCUGGCCUGGCUCUUCACCCACAUGGAGCAUAUAAUCCGCAGGGAGGCGGACACCAAAAUGAACAUCCAGAAUAUCUCCAUCGUCCUCAACCCCACGGUGAAGAUCGGGAACCGCGUCCUCUACGUCUUCCUCACUCACGUGCCGGAGCUCUUCGGUUCUGUGUCCCUGAAGCCUGCCGUUCGCCCCUUGAGGUGGCCCAACGUGGCGUCCGUGCCCAGCCUACCCGACACGGCGGACAGCAUCGAGGAGGAGAUCCGAAGACAGGAAUUCCUGCUGAACAGCCUGCACCAAGAUCUUCGGGUCGGGGAGAAGGACCCAUCCAAAGAGGAGCGGCUGUGGGAGGUGCAGCGCAUCCUGACGGCACUGAAGCGUAAGCUGCGGGAGGCCGAGAAGCAGGAGCGUGAGGACGAGGAUGUCAAGGAGCUCAGCGGUCAGCCCUCAGAAGACUUGUCCAAGGAGGAGACAUUGGAGGACGAGGUGAUCAACACCCUCUUGGCCCAGGAGAACGAGAUCCUGACCGAGCAGGAGGAGCUGCUGGCGCUGGAGCAGGGCCUCCGCAGGCAGAUCGCCACGGAGAAGGAGGAGAUCGAACGGCUACGGGCUGAGAUUGCAGACCUGCAGAGCCGACAGCCUGGGCGCUGCGAGACAGAGGAAUGCUCCUCCGACAGCGACAGUGAAAGCGAGGAUGAGGAGGAGCUCAGGGACAUCCUGGAGGACUUGCAGAGGCAGAACGAGGAACUGGAGGUGAAGAACACCCACCUGACGCAGGGCAUCUAUAAGGAGCAGGAGGCCAUCAUCGAGCUGCGUGUCCAGCUGCGCCUCCUGCGCAGUGAGCAGCAGGGGCGGGAGAGGCAGCCAGGACCCCCGCCCCCGACCCUCCCCCACCGGCCAGAAACAGACAGGCCACCGCGGAGCCCAGCAACUAGAGCCACCAGAACCUGUGGACCACGUUCCCCAUCGCUAUAAACAACCACUGUCAUCAUGGCUACCACACCACAGGGGUGGGGCCUACACUCCAAGGAUGUCCUCAACCUAUUAUCGUCAUGUCAAGAGCUGGUACCAUAGCUCCUAAGCCAGAGAUGAGUCUUUGGUAUCUGCCGGUUCAUUAAAUAUAGCUUCACAACAAAAUGCAUGUUAAUUUUCCUCUUCACGAGGUUUCAACAAGUUACUUCAACACCAGUGGGGUCUCUGGCUGCUGCUCUCUUUAUUGUUCCAGUAAGGUCUAAAUGGUGCAUACACCACCAGCAGGGGGCACCCUUCGACAUACAAACCAGGACAGAUUGUUGCAC